UACCAAAGGGGAGAGAGGUAGAGAAAGAAGAAAAGCGAGAUCAGGAAGAGGAGGAGAAUACAAGAGUCGUCGGUCGCCGUUCUGGAAAUUUCCCUUCUGACUGAAGACAAUUCACAGUCGCGGCGGAGUUGAAACGGCGUCGUGUUGUUGGGUCUGCCGGCGAUGGGCGAUGACAAAUCGUCGUCGAUUGUGAUGGCGAGCAGAGACAGAGACAGAGAGCGAGAUCGUGAGCUUCUCAUCCCCGUCGCCAACUCCGCUCACGAUGAGCCUUCCUCCAAACCCUCCUCCUCUUCUUCCUCCACUCACCACCACACAGGCCAUGAGACUUUUUACAAAGUUGUUAGGAGCUGGGCGUCAAAAAAGUUCAUGACAGGAUGUGUUAUUUUGCUUCCAAUAGCUAUUACUUUCUAUAUUACGUGGUGGUUUAUUCACUUUGUGGAUGGCUUUUUCUCUCCAAUUUAUGCUCAACUUGGAAUUGAUAUUUUUGGUCUCGGAUUUAUUACUUCUAUAACAUUCAUCUUCUUGGUCGGGGUCUUCAUGUCAUCAUGGUUGGGUGCUUCUGUCCUGAGUCUUGGGGAGUGGUUUAUCAAAAGGAUGCCUUUGGUUCGUCAUAUCUACAAUGCUUCCAAGCAGAUUAGUGCUGCCAUAUCCCCAGAUCAAAAUACACAAGCUUUCAAGGAAGUUGCGAUCAUAAGACAUCCGCGUGUUGGUGAAUACGCAUUUGGGUUCAUCACUUCAUCUGUUGUUCUCCAGAAUUAUUCUGGGGAAGAGGAGCUAUGCUGUGUCUAUGUGCCUACCAACCAUCUUUACAUUGGUGAUAUAUUCCUGGUCAACACCAAUGAUGUUAUAAGACCUAAUUUAUCAGUUCGAGAAGGAAUUGAAAUUGUUGUGUCCGGAGGCAUGUCAAUGCCCCAGAUCCUGUCAACAGUUGAUUCACAGAUUGUGCCGGUGGAUAGAAGUAGACCUAACAGAAAUUGAGUGAAAGAUGUUUAGAGGUAGCGUGGUUGCUUGUUUAUUUCUCUUGGUUUCUUUGUGUCAUCUGGAAGGCAUCGCAACCAAUUUGUUGUUGUGGUGGAUUCAUAAUCACGCCGUCAAGUUUUGGUUUUGUAUAUGUCAGAUUCUGAUGACAUUUGUAACACCGUCUGUCAUGUUAGAAUGUAGAAUCCUUUGCUUGGAAAAUAUAGUUUUGUUGAUGACACAGGCUUGUAAUAGGCGAUUUGAUCUCGAAUUUCUUUCCUUGCAAUUAGAUUUUCUUUGUUUAUA